ACAAGAAUCUCCAACAUAUAUUCGAAGACAGAUUUCUAGGACUACAGCAUCAUGUCAGGCUCCUCUAGCGCCUUGUCCCCUCCGGCUCAAUACCUUCCGCACCGUCAGCGACAGGAUGACCAGCACAAUCAGAAGCAGAUAACUGCUGCCGGUGGCGAUGACAUCAGAUACAUCACAGCCUCGAUGCUCCACUGCUCGAUAUCAUCGCUACUUGAAACAGGCAAAUACUCUGACCUGACGGUAACCUGUGGGGAUCACAAGUUUCAGGUGCAUCGGGCGAUUGUGUGUCCUCGGAGUUCUUUUUUUGACGGUGCUUGCAGAGGGUCUUUCAGGGAAACCUGCACGAAUACAAUCGACCUCUCCGAGGAUGACCCCGCUAUGCUGCAACGAUUCUUCCAGUUUCUGUAUACGGGAAACUACACUGAUGGGGAGUAUUUCGAUGGACUGCCAUCACCGAUCGCAACCAUGAGUCCAGAAGAGUUUCGCGAGGACGAAGAAUACAUCGACCCGGAAGAUGAUCCAGCUGCCCAGCCAACGAGUAUCUUGGACUACAAGUACGAAGGAACACUCGAAGAUGACGACUCUGAUGAGGACUAUAUCCCCAACCCCGGCGAGCCCGACCCAGAGCCCUUACAGUAUGAUUCAGACGACUCCGACUGCCCUCCAUCCGAAAAGGAGCACUACACAGACAGAAACGUCUAUCGAGAACAAAGCCGGAUAGAGAAACUAUUCCUGCGUUUCAAUAACCAGAAACGACCAAAAAAAGACUACCCAAUCGCCCUUUUCACAUCUCUGCGCAUGUACGUUCUCGCAGACAAGUAUUCCGUCCCCGCUCUUCACUAUCUCGCUGGCCUCCGAUUCCGACGCACCGCAGAACGGCAUUGGAACAAGUACCCGCAGUUUUUGGAUGUGGUUGAUGAGCUAUUUGCCACUACCUUGCCUAGUGAUCGGCUGCAGACCUGGGUUUGCCAGCUUUUGGCGCCGUGCUCCAAGAUUGAAUAUGUGGUGAACAACAUAUUCAAGCCGAUUAUGGAUAAGCAUCCAGCGCUGUUGGGUGGGAUUGAGAGAAGGGUAGAGCAUUAUGCCGGGAUACCACCAAACAAGAAGUCUAAUUAUCCCGUAUUGUCUACUGAAAAGGUCAUUUGGCUCUAACUGAAGGCCAAGUCCCGGUUCUUUUCGGACUUGGUCUGUAUUUGCUUGGAAGGAAGGAUAGAAUAUAAAUAACAACUUGCUUCGUUUCGACUACCACG